GACAACGUGAGCGCUUUUAGGGAACUUGCUCUCUUUAUUAAGCGUUCAGGAAUCUGAGUGACUUUUCUCUUUUGUGAUGUUGAUCUUUCUUUUUUGGUUAAUGGACUUUGUUCCGAAACCAUAGACAACAACCAACCAAUAUCGACAAUGCAUAUCAACCGCGGCGCAUUCAAUCAUUACAAUACGUCUUGUUGAUGACUAUUAUACCAGCUUAAUAUACCGUUGUUUAUAUCGUCGAUAUUAAGAUUAUCUAAUAGAAAGUUACUAUUUAGUACAUGUAUCAAGUACGAUGUAAACCAAGCCAGUGUUACGGAAAGUGUGUGUGGCCAGCUUUAAAAGUGCCAGCUCCUCAACACUUUUGUCGAACAUAACCUGAAACUAUGUGAGCCAUAAGAUCACAAAAAUAUUUAGCGUUGAGCAAGAGAUCCUCUUCGUCCGUGUUAAGUAUUUCCACACGAUAAUGAUGAAGAUUGAGUUGGCUCUAUUGAGAAGUAAAUUUCGCGGCUCGAUACUGGGUGCUUUGGUCGGCGAUUGCGUCGGCAGCCCGUACGAAGGUGAAGAGACCUUGACGCCCGGCACGAAAACCGUUCUACAACAGUCUUUUGACAAGUUGGAGGGAGUCGAGUUCAAAGCGCCUGUCAUGCAGUUUACAGAUGACUCAGCAAUGACACGGUCUUUAGCUGAGUCAUUGGUUGAGAGAAAGUCUCUGGAUAUCAUUGACAUAGCAAGACGAUUUGUGAAAAGUUAUUACCACGAACCCAAUCGUGGUUAUGGUGCCAAUGUUAGAACUGUAUUCCAGAAAUUACGUGCUAACAAGUUAACGGAUAUAUAUGGUCCAGCGAAAGAUCAAUAUAACGGUUUAGGUUCUUUUGGUAAUGGCGGCGCAAUGAGAAUUGCUCCUUUAUCUUUAUUUUGUUACAACGAUCAUGAUCGACUUGUGGAUUACACUACAAAAGAAACCGAAAUCACACAUACGCAUAAGUGGGGAAUAAACGGCGCUAUUUUACAAGCUUUGGCGGUCCAACAAAGUCUAAAUUUAAAUCCUAACGAAGAGUUGGAUGUUUCCAGUUUUGUUGACAAUCUCAUUGAGAAAAUGGCUAAAAUUGAAGUGGACCGGACAGACGAUUAUUUAGAAUUAGACGAGGAUAGCUAUAAAGAUCAACUAUGCGCAAUAAAAGAAUUAAUAUCCGAGGAUGGCGAUGGCCCUCACGACGAAAAGAUAGUUCAGAGACUGGGCACUGACAUCAACGCUUUGUAUUCAGUUCCCACUGCGAUCUUUUGUUUCCUGAGAGCGCAAAGGCCUAUAAAAGGCAUCAAGACUGACAAUCCCCUCAGAAGAGCAAUUCAAUAUGCUAUUACUCUGGGCGGCGAUACAGACACAAUUGCUAGUAUGACUGGUGCAAUAGCGGGUGCUUUCUACGGCGAACAGAAGCUCAGCCCGCUGCUUCUGCAACAUUGCGAAGCGUCGGAACAAUUCCGUGAAUUAGCCGACCAAUUGCUGGAUGUAGUUACGCAGGCAUAGUUAAUUAAAUUUGUCGCGUUUAUUGUAAGAUAUAUUUAGCAGUUAAUUAGUAACGGCUUUUUUUAAAUAGAUCAUUAUGCCCUGUGGUUGUUUGUACGCACUUUAUUUACAUUACUUGAACUACGAACAACAAUUUUCUACUUAGGCGACACAUUUGUUACUAAAUAUCAGAUUGUAAUUACGACACGGAGACUAUUUCUGUCUCGUCCGUGUUGCCAAGUAUAUUUUAUAGCUAAUAAAUGAUAAAUUAAAAGUGGUAA